AUGCAAAACCCUUCCAAGUCAUCCUCAACUCCCCUGCAGCUCCUGCACAACAGCAGCACUCGCCCGCUAUAUGCAAUACUCUUUACCCAGAGAACUCUCCAAAACGAGGGAAACCCUGCCACCGGCAUCAUCAUCCACCCACCCAACACCGUGGACAGAACCCCAGCCCCCGUUUACUCGCUCGUCCGCCUCGUCGCGUCCGCGACCAACGACAACUGGUAUCAAACCACUGCACCCUCACCCUCCGAUUCAGCCCUCGAAGACCAGGUGACCGUGCCCCAAUGGGCCAGCACCGUCGACGACAUCAUCUCCCUCUCUGUUCCCGUCGCCAUGGCCACCCAAAACGCCGACUCAGACAGCGAGGCCGGGGGCCCCGAGUCAGACUCGGAUGACGACUUUGAGAUGCCCACCAACGCCGGCGAGCAGGUCAACCCCUGGCGCAUCCGGAUCUGGGGCCUCGCGGCCUCCCCCGGUGGCGGCAUGCAUGCCGCCAUGGUCUCCCAGCAGAGCGCCCUCGGGCCCGAGCCCAAGGUUAAAUCUAAGAUUCUCUGGGGCUUCAAGCCGCGCCUGGCUGCGGGCAUCGAGACCGCCAGUGAGGGCCAGGACGAGCCCUCCAGCGCGGUGCAGAUGACAACCGAGGGCAAGAUGUGGGAGUGGAUGUACGGUGGCGGCCCACCCGUGCGCGGCGCCGUGGGCUGGGCGGCCGAGUACAAGCCCAAGGGCGAUGAGGCGCUGCGCGAGCAGCUGAGGAGUGUGCUCCAAGCGCAGGUCUCUACUUGCACAGCCAGCGGUCUAGCCAUCCUAGCCCCCGGUAUCUCUCGUGCGUGCGGUGUCUGCGGCCGUCGCUGCCUUGCUGCUGAACAGAUUACCAGGAUUGCAGAGACACACGGUGUCGAGGCCGUGGUAGAUCCAUCUGCCGUGGAGUUGUGUGGAGGCUGUGGCGGUAAGUUCAUUGCGUAG